AUGGGCAAGCGAAACCAAAUCAGGCCGGUUCAGGAAACCGACAGCCCCAGCAGUGAGAGGGGCCACCAUGAGCUUGGAUCGAAUGCCGUGGGAUGGAAGGUCUAUGAUGCAUUGCAGCGCCUUGAUUCGGGCGGGGAGCUUAGCGACCCUCUUGAAGACAUGAUCGAACAAUCCUGGAAGAAGUCGGCGCGAAAGUGGUUCUGCUUCGACUCCGUGCUCAACCCGCACUCGAGCGCAGUCAGGAUAUGGAACCGCGUAUUCCUGCUAUCUCUGCUGUGCAAUACGGUGGUGGACCCCCUCUUCUUCUACCUCCUCUCGGUCGACACCACACUGCUCUGCGUCUACGUCCAAAAAGCUUUUGCCAUCACCGUUACGGCGUUACGCACCAUAAACGACGUGCUCUACCUGAUCAACAUGUGGCUCCAGUUCCGCACGGCGUAUGUCUCGAAGUCCUCGUUGAAACUGGGGAUCGGGGCGCUGGUGACCAACCCGCGCAAAGUCGCCAUGAAUUAUGUGCACAUUCUGCGCGGGGGGCUCGCGCUCGAUAUCCUGGCGAUCUUGCCUUGUCCUCAGAUCGCCAUCUGGAUCCUGGUACCGCGCCUCAUGACGUCCGGCAACACGUCGAGAGCUACCACCACGCUCCUCUGCUCCCUGCUGUUUCAGUUCGUCAUCCGCCUGUUCCGGUACUUCGCUCUAGUUCGUCGGAUGCAGCGCGUGGUGGGGUACAUCUUCUGGGGCUCCUGGUGGGGCUUCGUGCUCAACCUGGCAGCCUACUGCGCCGCCGCACACGUUUUUGGCGCCCUGUGGUACCUCUUCGCCGUGUCCCGGGUGUUCUCCUGCCUGGCGCACCACUGCGAGCGCUACCCGGGGUGCAUCCCCCACUACCUGGCCUGCAAGCCCCCCAUCCAGUUCGCCAAGGAUCCCAACAUAAGCAUCGGCCGCCUUCACUGGUCGCAGAACGUUAACGUAACGCUGGAAUGCGUGCAAGACCAGAAGACGUUCCACCACGGCAUCUACUGGAACGCUCUGCCGCUAGUAGUCGGGACCAGCGUCGCCGAGAAGAUUGCAUUCCCCAUCUUUUGGGGGCUCAUGACGCUCAGCUCGUUCUGCAACUCGCUCACGCCCACCGAUGAUCUCCCCGAGACGCUCUUCAGCCUCGUCCUGGUCAUGUCGGGCCUAAUGCUCUUUUCCGCGCUCAUUGGAAACAUCCAGGUAUUCUUCCAGUCGCUGUGGACGCGCGUCGACCGGAUGCGCGCGCGCCGGCAGGACCUGGAGUGGUGGAUGGCGCGGCGGCAGCUGCCGAUCCCGCUGCAGGAGCGCGUGGACGACUACGAGCAGCAGCACUGGGCGGCGACACGUGGCAUCGACGAGGAGGCUAUGACGCGCGACCUGCCAGAGGGGCUGCGGCGGGACAUCAAGCGGUAUCUCUGCUUGGACCUCGUCAGGAAGAUCCCGCUGUUCUCGUACACGGACCCGCUGCUCCUCGACAUUCUGUGCGAGCGGCUGCGCCCCGUGCUCUUUACGCGCGGCCUCGUUCUGAUGCGCGACGGCGAGCCCGUGCGGCGGCUCUUGCUUCUUGUGCGCGGCCGCCUGCGCAACGUGCACACUUUCGGGGGCCGCCCGAGCGUCGCCCUGCUGGGCCCGGGGGACUUCACCGGGGAAGAGCUUCUCACGUGGGGUCUCUCGCGCACUGCGGAUCGGAACCGGCUCCCGCUUUCCACCGCCAGCCUGGACUGCGUUGACACCGUGGAGGCGUUUGCGCUGGAGGCAGACGACUUGAUGUACGUCACAUCGCAUUUCCAGCAGCGCCUGCAGAGCAAGAAACUGCGGCACACCAUUCGACAUUACUCGCCGCAUUGGCGCACCUGGGCGGCUGUGACGAUUCAAUUGACGUGGCGACGCUACAAGGAGGCUGCGGCCAGCCGCCGCGCGCGCGCGCCCGCGGGCCUGCCAGGACAGCUGACCGACCGCAGUAGGUCGGACGACCAGACGAGAGACAAGUUACGUAUGUAUACUGCUAUGUUCACAUCGCCAAAGCCGCAAGAUUACUAG